CUCCGCACACCGUUUGACGCGUCCCAAGGCCACAAGGGCCUCGGCACGCGCCGAUCCCCGCCGCGGGGCCGCGGAGCCCCCCCGCGCCCGCCCCGCGCUGCCCCCCAACGCCGUGCCGAAGGAAAACUUCUAUGGGGCCGCACCCUGAGGCCGACGCCCCACGCACUGCCUCCCCCAUGGAGGUCAGCGCCCGUGGCCGCACCCCGAAGCCGACACCACACGAAACCGCAACACGAUGCCGACACUCCUGCGCAGAAUCUCUCACCACGCCGGGGCGGCUGACCUCGACGAGGAUACUGCGCGGGGCCGAACCCUGAGGCCGACACCCCUGGCGCAGCCGCUCCCCCACGGAGAGGCCUGCACCACCGCCUGCAGCGGGCCGCCGCGGAUGCCGUGCAAGGUCCCGAGGAGGCCCGGGGCGCCAGCGAGCAUCAGGAGCGGAAGGGGCGCGCGAUCUUCAUGACCACCAGGUCGGCCCGCAACCUUCUCGUCGCAGCUCAGCCCCGACGCCACGGCCACGGGCGCCGAGCUCUGCAGCGGGCGGGGGCCAUCGACGCGGCGGCCGGGGAGGUAGCAAGAGCAGCCGAGGGCGCCGAGCUGGAGGCCCGCGCACCAUCCUCGAGGCCGCCGCCGACGUCCACCUCCACGCUGCCACCGCCUGGCUGGGUCGGCACAGAGGCCGCCUGCUUACCACGGGCACGGCGCCGCCGAGGUGGCCGCCCCCUGCGCCCGGGUGGUCCGCCCAGCGUGGGCGACGCGGGAGCAGCAGAAGCAGCGGCCGCGGGCGCGCCGAGGACCGCCACGGCUGCCCCCGCCAGGCCCUCAGCCGCCCUCGGGAGACGCCGGGCCUCGCGGCGCGCGCGC